AUGACUGCCGUGGCACCGUGGUCUCAUCCAUCUGCACAGCCGGGGCCACUGGGAGGAGACGCCAUGACCCACCUCACGGCUCUGCUCUGCCUCGGGCUGAGUCUGGGCACCAGAACUCACAUGCAUGCAGGGACCCUCCCCAAACCCACCCUCUGGGCUGAGCCAGACUCUGUGAUCACCUGGGGGAGCCCUGUGACUAUGUGGUGUCAGGGGACCCUGCAUGUCAAGGAGUACCGUUUCAUGAAAGAAGGAAGCCCACUGCCCCGCGUCCUGCAGAGCCCACUAGAGCCUGGGAACAAAGUCAUGUUUCCCCUCUCAUCCAUGACAGAGCACUAUGCAGAGCAAUAUCACUGUUACUAUCACAGCCCUGCUGGAUGGUCAGAGCGCAGUGACCCCCUGGAGCUGGUGGUGACAGGAUUCUAUGGUAAACCCACCCUCUCAGCCCUGCCGAGCCCUGUCGUGACCUCAGGAGGGAAGGUGACCCUCCAGUGUGGCUCACGGCUGAGAUUCAACGUGUUCAUUCUGACUCAGGACGGGGAGCACAAGCUCUCCUGGCAUCUUGAGUCACAUGAACACCCCCGCGGGCAGUUCAAGGCCCUGUUCCCUGUGGGCCCCGUGACCCCCAGCCACAGCUGGACGUUCAGGUGCUACGGCUAUCAGAGGAACGCCCCCCAGGUGUGGUCAGAAUCCAGCGACCCCCUGGAGCUCCUGGACUCAGGAGCAGCUGAGACCAUCAGCCCAACACCAAGCAAGUCAGACCCCACGAGUGCCCCACACCCCCAGGAUUACACAGUGGAGAAUCUCGUCCGCAUGGGCGUGGCUGGCUUGAUCCUGGUGGCCCUCGGGAUUCUGCUGUUUCAGGAUUGGCACAGCCAGAGAAGACACCAGGAUGCAGCCGGGAGGUAAACUCCAGAGACAACAACGCACCAUCCAGAGUGGGAGA